GGCGAACGCGUCCAGUGUUGACAUAUUACUGUAAAAGCCCGAAAAUUGCCUUCUGAAUCAAUUAAGUUCAAUAAUGGGAAUUGUGUAACAUCACUCUUUAACUAUCAGUGGUUUUUCUUGUUACGUUUUUCAUUUUCUGGUGAACAAUGGACGACAAGCGCCACAUCGACGAUGUUCAAACAUCCACGGUGGCCGAACAUAUGAAAUUGAUCAUGGAGGAUAGAUCCACCAUAGGUACGGAGUACGUCCCAGUCACUCCAGACGAUUUACCUCAUUGGAUGGAUAUGAGAUUAUUUUUAACAGGUCAGAAGUAUUUCAUGAAGAAUAUGCUAGGACUUGCAGCCGCAAGCGUAACCGGCUUGAUAAUGGUAUUAUGCGUUCCCGAUAUAAUCGAGGUGCUUGAUUACACGAAGAAGAGCGAUACGGUCCGAUCGUCCUUCAAACGAUACGCCGAAACUGUGUUGCACAUGUACGAGCUGUUCAGAUCCGACAUGUUAGACUCGAAUUCGAGAUGGUUCAAAACAAUGAACGUGAUUCGAUGGAAACAUGCGACAGUCAGUAAGAAACGCGUCAAAGAAGGACUAAAUGCGAUAUACCAAAAAGACAUGGUCCUCACACAAUUUGGUUUUAUGAGCCUCACCCUUAUGAACCCCGAGAAAAUGGGACUAGCGCUCACUACAAUCGAGGAACGAGAGGGUUUCAAUCAUUUCUGGCGCGUCACGGCUUACCUUCUGGGUAUACCGGAUCGGAUGAACAUCGCUCGCAAAACAGCGGCGGAAACGACGGAAUUGUGCAAACACAUCAGAAACGAAAUACGCGAGAAAUACUUGAAUAAACAUUCACCAGGAUUCAUGAAACUGGCAAAAAAUGCGAUCAAUGGGAUGUGGUAUCACGAACCGAGCCUGGACACAGAUGCCAUGCUCGCGUUGACCUUUGACAUGGCAGGGGGAAAAUACCAGAAGCCUCUUGGAUGGUACUCGUAUCUCAAUAUGAAACAACGCGAGUGGAUAUUAUAUUCCUGUAAUAUUCCUUACAUUGGCGCAGUGGUGAGAAUAUGCUUCAAUUAUUUCGUAACAGUUGUUUUUUGGCUACUCGAGAACUACCCUAUAGGUGCAUGGAUUGGAUUUGGUAAACAGAACGCAAAACUUUGCCUCUAUCCACCAAUAAAGUGAUUUCACUUCUGCGUGGAGAGUCUAAUUAUGUACAUACUGUAUACAUACAUA